CAGGUUGUUGACCUGCUGAAAUGAAUACAGUGUAGUGGAUACACCUGUUGGAAUUUGGCACUGUACAACUUCAGAUAAUUAUAACCUGCAGCCCAUUCCUUCUGGGUUCCUUCUAGCCAGACGUGAUCAUUGACGAUUCCCUCUCCACCGCAAAAUGACGCACCCAGGGACUCUCCAGCAAAGCGGAUUGAGGAGCCGAAACAUGUCCCGUCAGCGGAUUUGAACUGCACGGGACUCAGAUCUCCACAGGGAUUUUUUUUUAAUGAUAUUAUUUACAUGUUUAUUAUUAUAAUUGACCCUUAAGAAACUCCGAAACGUGUAAUCCUUCACCAUGGGAAUCUCAGAACUACUUGACAAACUUCGAGAUCGCGCAGAUACAUUUCUAAAUGAGAAAAACAUAGUGACAGAUUUCCUAGGGAAACUGGAGGAGAAAACGGGGAUCAAGAAAAAAUGUUUUGCCGUAGGUGCAGUGUCUCUGACAGGACUGUAUUUGGUAUACGGCUAUGGCGCCUCCCUCCUCUGUAACAUGAUUGGUUUUGUGUAUCCUGCAUAUUACUCAAUCAAAGCCCUCGAGGGUAAAAACAAAGAUGAUGACACAAAAUGGCUGACCUAUUGGGUGGUCUACGGAAUCUUCAGUGUGGGGGAAUUCUUCUCCGACAUCUUCCUUUAUUGGUUUCCUUUCUACUAUGCUUUCAAGUGCUUGUUCUUGUUGUGGUGCAUGGCCCCCGUUACAUGGAACGGCUCUCAGAUCCUGUACAACCGGGUGGUGCGACCCUUCUUCCUCAAGCACGAGGCCACUGUGGACAGCAUGGUCAAUGACCUCAGCGGGAAAGCCAUGAACGCAGCCGAGUCCGUCACCAGAGAAGUCCUUCAAACACUGGUGAAAAACAAGACUAUACAACAAGCAUCAGAGACCAAAGGCUUACCCAGCACAUCAGAUUCACCUAUGAUUCAUGAGUUGACCUACACUGAACCCAAAGUAGACUAAUGAUUCACAGGUAGAGGCAUCGUCCCAGUGAUGGUACUGAAAACAGCAAACCAAACCAUGCCAGAUUCACCGGAAGGACUUUGGUUUCCAUGUUGACUUGCAAACUGCUGAACCACUUAUACUUGAUGUCCUAUGGUGGGAAAACGAUUAAACAAAUCUGACAGAGAUGGGAUACCAUUACACAGACAGAUAACGGGACAGGAAAAAAACAUAGCCAAGUUAAAAUACUGCCGCUUCAUAUCGACCAAAACCAUUGCAGCUGAAAAUCACUUCACAGCCGCGUGGCCGUGUGUCUGGUCAGUUGAAUGCUAUGCAAUGUCUGAUAUUUUGACCUUCUCAUCACCUGAUUAGAGUAACUGAAAUUGUCUGAUAUGUCUUUGCUUUACAAUCAAUGUCCUUGUCUUCCGAUAAGGGAGUGUGUGGGCUCAAUGCUUCAACAAUAGCCCACAGUGUUCUAGUCUUAGACUUCUUUGUUUUUGUUUUCACAUACUUCAUUGUGCUGAAUGAAAUAUUUAUUCAUCGUUGUCUUUUGUUUCUUUUUUUUAUUUGAACAUGUUUUUUUCUCUUUUUGUCUUGUAAAAUUGUAUUAUAGUCAGAUCUAGGCUGUAUUAAAAUGAAAUUGCCGCAUACCUCUACUGUAAGUUAGAUUUUAAUGCAGUGGGUCUUGGAAUCCUAGUGAGAUCAUCUCCCAAUGGUAAAUACUGCUACUACGUAUUUAACCAAUCAUUUAAAUGGAAUGAGAAACGGAGUAAGUGCUACUUAUUGUAAUUGUGAGUUAGAAAUGCAAUAAGAUAUUUCAAUAACAUUCCAUUAUUAUUAUUAUUAUAAAUGUUCAUAUGUUGUACUCUCAAAAGCACAUAAAGUUGUACCAAUUGUGUAUUAAUAAAAGUGUUCUCUUAUUCA